AUGAAAACCUUCAAUAAAGACUUUUCCGAAAAACCUGCAGAUGACCAAACGUCUAUAGAAAAUAAUGAAGACAGUAACUUCGUGCUGGGCAAUGCACAAGUACCCUCCCUGUACCCGAUUGUGUACUGCUCAGAUGGGUUCUGUGAGCUGACAGGAUUCAGCAGGGCGCAGAUCAUGCAGAAGGGAUGCGCCUGCAAAUUCCUCUACGGCCCUGAGACCAAGGAGGAGCACAAGACGCAGAUCGACAAGGCCUUGGAGUCCAAGAAUGAGCUCAAGCUGGAAGUUAUUUUUUAUAAGAAAAAUGGGGGGGUGAUCACCUGCGCGGGGGUAACAAAUGUUUCCUCAGGGGAAUGCCAAGUCCAAGAAAUUAUGCCCGAUAUGCAAAUUUUAAGGGUCAACCGGAUUCUUAGGAGACCACCCCCACUGGCACCGUUCUUUGGGCGCCCAUGA